AUAUAUUAUAUAAAACCCCCCCUGAAAAUAGAAAACUUUAGAUCCCUGAAACGAUGACGAAGAUGAUGGACUUCUUCUAAAGACUAGAGAGAGAGAGAGAUAGAAACAGAGAGCUCAUUGAUGAACGAAUUGGCUUGCAGAGCAGAAAUUCUCUGACUUCCGCAUUGUAUCCUCUGCUGCGGCGCACACACGAGAAUAUUUCCCAAUUGCUGGCAGCUGGCAGCUGGCGUCUGCUUUGUCCGGCGAAUCAAAGUUCCGGUCUUGAUUGCGAUUGGCUUGAUGAUGAUCAUGGCGUGGUGAGCUCUGUUUGGAAGGAAGGAAAAUAUAGAAAGGAGAAUUUUGGGUUUUUUCACGAGAAAGUGACGGAAACGGAAAGUGGUGGUGAGGGACAGUUGUUUCUGAAGUGGGAAAGAGAAAGCUGCUGUUUUGUAUACUACCAGAUUGAAAAGGUCCAUGCUUGAAAGUAUCGCUUGCUGUAGCUUGGAAGCUUUCUCCUACAUUUCUCAAUCUAUGUAAACCAUGAAACUUGAGAGAGAACCAGUGUUCGGCCACUUAGCUAUAAGCCACAAGCCUGAUUCUAAUCCUUUUGGUCAAAAUGAAGUUACUCUGGACUCUGCUGCAUUACAGUCAGCAAAGUGGAUCAUGAAGGAAAGUCAGAAAAGGGUUUCAUGUGGUUCGAAGGACAAUGAAGAAGAUGCUGGUCAAGUGCCAUAUGUGAAAAAUGAUGAAAAUGGCUUGCCUACAUCGAGGUUUGAUUGUUCAAAGAGUGUGGAUGAUUUGGAAAAUGGUAAUGAAGAUGAGGUCAAAGAUUUUGUGCCGCCAUAUACUCUUUCUUCUGAAAAAUUAGAAGCAUUAGAGAAGGAAUCAGAUUAUUAUAUGGACAAAAGUGUUAUGGAAUGUGAACUGCCAGAACUGAUAGUUUGCUACAAAGAGAGUAGUUGCAAUACAAUCAAGGACAUCUGCAUUGAUGAGGGAGUGCCUUCCCAAGACAAGAACCGAUUUGAGACUGGUGUGGAUGAGAAGGAAUGCUGCACCUUUUUAUCUCCUGAUGAGGAUCAGAAUAAGCAACUGCUUGAAGAACAAAUGGAUAUCGUUAUGACCCUUCCAGACAGUUUUAAAUCUUCUGCACACGAUGAUUUAGAGAAGGGUUUUGUCAUUCCUUGCGAUUCCAAGGAUCUGACGCAGAUAGGCGAUGCUAUAUAUUAUACACAAGAGAAGACUGAAAUUGAAGUUUCCAAAGAGAUUUUUAUCCCUGCAAAUGUGUUGCCAAUGCAAGAGUUGGGUGCAGGGAACGCCCACUCCUCCAAGUCUUCUAAUGAGGACAGCACUGAAGCUGUACAAGACACUGUUCAGAGUUCAGGUGAAAAAGUAAGUGAAAUAGCACAAACUGGGAGCACUGCUGUGGUUUCAGCAACUGAAGAGUCUACUCACAGUGAGAAGAAGGCAUUGGUUUCAGCAGCUGAAGAAUCAAACUUCCAUGUCGAUGAGUUAUCUAACAAUAGCAAGGUGGAGAAUGGAAGCACUACUUCUGGCUUGUUGGACACUUCAGUACAUGUAUCCACUACCAGAGAUGCAUGCCCUGAAAAUGGUGUCCACAAACAUUUUGAAACUCAAACGAUGCCUGCAGGUGACAAUGGAGAUGACAACGACAACAACAUGCCUGAUGCAGAGAUUGUUCCGAUCCAAGUUCAACCUUGUUCAGCACCUGUGGUUACUGGCAGAGAGGAGUGUCCUGAGAAUGGAGUCUGUCAACCUCUCGAUACUUCAAGUACGUCCAAAGUUGAUGAUGAAAUUCCUCAUUCAGUGAUUGUUUCAAGCCAAGUUCAACAUUAUUUAGCACCUGUGACAAUUUCCAGAGAAGAACGUCCUGAAAAUGGUGUCUGGCAAUGCCCUGAAACAUCAAACGCAUUCAUGGUUGGAGAUGUGAAUUCUGAUACACAAUAUGCUUCAUUCCAUGUUCAACGUGGUUUCGGAGAAUCAAGUUUCUCUGCAGCAGGUCAUUUUUCGAGUCUUAUGAAUACAUCAGGUCCUUAUUCCGGCAAUGUCUCCCUUCGAUCAGAGAGCAGCACCACCAGCACCCGCUCAUUUGCCUUCCCUGUAUUACAAUCUGAAUGGAGUAGCAGUCCAGUUAGAAUGGCAAAAGCUGACCGGAGGCAUUUGCGUAAACAUAGGGGUUGGAGGCAUAGUCUUCUUUGCUGUAGAUUCUGAAUAUGCUUCUAUUCUAACCAUAGUUUUAAGUUAAGUCAGAGUACAUGCUUCAUCAAAAAAAUUUAUCAAAUCUUAUUUUAUCAUCAAUACAUACAUCACAUUUUCUCCGUCUUGGUAUGUAAUUUGCAGUAGGUUUUUAGGUGGUGGUGCUUUUUGUUACGCGUGCACUUUAAGGUGAAAGCAA